AUGUCUAACAUCCUAACCCAAAUUCAAGCAUCCCUUCAAAGAAUGCCACAAGGAUAUUUGCCUAAAUGGCUCCUUUUCAUUUCUAUUGUGUCAAUUUUCAAUUCAAUCCAAACUUACUUCUCUGGUUUAGAACUAACACGUAAGGUUUACGCUGGGAAGCCCAAAGAAACUACAUUUUUAAGUGCAAGAACUUUCGGUACAUGGACUUUCAUUUCCUGUGUCAUUAGAUUAUAUGGUGCUUUUUAUUUGAAUGAACCUCACAUUUACCAAUUAGCGUUUAUUUCCUACAUUGUUGCAUUGGUUCAUUUCGGUUCUGAAUUAUUGAUUUUCCGUACCUGUAGUUUCAAUUCAGGAUUCAUGGGCCCAUUGAUUGUUUCAACUACUUCUUUGAUUUGGAUGUAUAACCAAAAGGAAUUCUACACCGGUGUACCAUGGUAA